CUCUCUGUCUCUCUCUGUCUCUCUCUCUCUGUCCCUCUCUCUCUCCCCCUCUCUCUCUCUCAGAUAAGAAUAUCUCUGAUGUUGACAUCUGUCUAGUCAUCAGGCUCUUGUUAAGUCUACAAAUGCACCAGAGCAUUAAAAAAUUGUACCUCCAAUGAGUGGAAAACUUGAUGAGAAACAUAAGAGUUCCUAUUUGUCUGUGAACAUACCUUUUUCCGCUGGUUUACUUCAACACUGAUUACGGAUUAGAAUUGUAUGCAGGAGUGUUAAAGUUUAUGACCACAAGGUGACGACAGUACGUUAUUUUUUGUUGAUAACUCAUGACUGUUACGCUUUUUAAAAAAUAACGUUUUAAAACAUUGUGACAAGUAGUCUAGCAUCUUCGUUAUCACUUGUUGAUAUCACAGUUGCAGAUAAUCGGUAAUAAAGCAAAGGCAGUUUGACACUAUUUUGACCUCUUGGGAUUCCCUCCUGACGUAUGUGACCGUGGGGAUCCCCGUUCGGUUGAUUAGCGGAUAUAGCCCCGUCCACCGGGUCCUAUUUUAACUCAUUUCCAAAGACUCGAAGUCGACUACAGUCUUUGGAGCUCUGCGGUCUACGAACACCUUUGUCAAGUUGUCUUGUCCUAAAGUCGGUGAUGGAUGCCUUACGGUCGGCUGGAAGAGCGAUCAUCCGAAGUCCAAGCAUCGCGAAACGGUCUUGGAAUUCCGGCAAACAUAAAAAACUUCCUGAGAACUGGACCGACACGAGGGAGACUGUUGUGGAGGGCAUGACCUUUAACCUCCGCCACCUAGGCAUGACCCUGGUGGACCAGGCCAAAGGAGAGGACCUAUCAGCAGCUGCUGUCAAGAGGAUCGUUGCCACGGCCAAAGCGGGAGGUAAGAAGCCUCCGAAGGUUUCUCUGAAGGUUUCUCCUCAGGGUAUAAUGCUCUACGAUAGUCUGACCAACCAGCUGCUAGACAACAUCUCCAUAUACAGGAUAUCCUACUGCACGGCGGACAAGCUGCACGACAAGGUGUUUGCCUACAUUUCCCAGAACACCCUCAACGGAACACUGGAGUGCCACGCCUACCUCUGCUCCAAGAAGAAAGUGGCCCAGGCAGUGACUCUGACUGUAGCACAGGCCUUUAAAGUGGCCUUUGAGUUCUGGCAGGUUGCCAAAGAAGAGAAAGAGAAGAGGGUGAAGUCCGGCUCGGCUGGAGAAGCAUCCGGCAGCUCCAUUUUAGAAGGAUCCAACAGCCUGGCUAGUCUGAAAGGAGAAGAUGUUGCCACGGGUAACCUACUGGACCUGGAGGAACGGACUCAUGUUGCCGUGGUUCUGGAAACCAAUGGCAACGAGGAGUUCCAGAUGGACGACCACACCGCUCCCGAGGACAUUGAUAACAAUAACACUGUCUGGGAAAUUGAGGAAGACUUGGAUGAGGCUUUUUCUAGACUGGCAGUGUCCCGUACUAACCCCCAGGUCCUGGAUGUUGGGGUGACCCCCCAGGAUUGGCUUACAGAACCUGACCGGGCCAAUGGGAACACAUCGAACACCACCAAUGGAGAUGACUUCUCCUUUGUCUUCUGAUUGGCUACCGGAGGGCGACCGAGAGGCACAGCCUUUCGGCUCUUUGGCCCAAUCCCGAAUCAACCCCUAGGCCCUACGCUGGAGCUACAGCAUACCAUAUUUGUUUCCUCCUCUCAGGUCUGCAUAGGUCUAGGGCUCAAUAGGCCCAUAGAGUUGGCUUUGGACCCAUUCCAAACCGAUCCCUUGCCUCUGUCCUUAUUCCCUAGUUGACUCCCUCCCCCUUUAUAGAUAGUAGUAUUACUCUUUGGGACCAUAGCAGUAUGCAGUACUCUUUGGGACCAUAGCAGUAUGCAGUACUCUUUGGGACCACAGCAGUAUGCAGCACUCUUUGGGACCACAGCAGUAUGCAGCACUCUUUGGGACCACAGCAGUAUGCAGCACUCUUUGGGACCACAGCAGUAUGCAGCACUCUUUGGGACCACAGCAGUAUGCAGCACUCUUUGGGACCACAGCAGUAUGCAGCACUCUUUGGGACAAUAAUCAUUGUUUACCUUUUUGUAUUUAUUUUGUGUUAGUUAGAACAAAUAAAUUAUAACCAAGGAUGGGUUGUGCAAUUUCAGUCAGUUUAGCUCUAAAUCUCAAUAUAAACCUGUUACAUUACGUUUUGGAUUAGUCUUCUACAUAAACACACUUGAUACUACAAAGCCUCUAUACAGACCAAGCAAGACGAUCAAGGUUGGUACUCCCUACUUUGUUUAGGGGAUGUAGUCUUUGCAUACUAAAGCACUUUGGAGAAAGAAAAAAAAGGUACUUCCUGAAUUUGUUUUCUCCAACUUAUUCAAAACUCUUUGUCCUGUUUUGUACAUUCUUAAUGUGACCCCAGGAAAGUGAUAUACUAUAUUGAAAUCCUUCCUCCCAUGGCCAGUUUCAACCUGUUCUGUAACCUAUCUUGACCUUAUUGACCAAUGCGCACCAUGUAGUACUCUAUACCAGCAGGACCUUUUUGAAUAAAGCUUUUAAUCAUGCAUAUGAAA